AUGCUGGGGCAAAUUAUGAUAACUAAUUCGAGUGAUCUAUGCUGCAAUACAUUUGAUGCAUUAUUUACAAAACCAUGUCGAUGGAGAAAUGAAUGGUCAAUCUGUGAGAUCGGUGGUGAUCAGAUGGAUUGGAUUAGAGCAAAAAAUUCUUGGGGAGACGAAAAAGGAUAUUUGAUUUUCGGUACUGAAGAAAAAGCAAGAGAUUAUUUUAUUAUUGCUGGUUCACAUAAAAAAUUGCAUUCAGAAGAAUCAGCAAUGCUUGUUAGUGAUCCAGCACAAUGUCAAGAAGGUGAUGGACUACUAACUUUUCGCUACUGGACAAGUCCGAAAGUAAAAAUUCGUGCAUGCAUUAGACGACCAAAUCAAGGGAGAGCAUAUAAUUGGUGUAGCAAAGAUUAUAUAGGUGGGGAUCCAGGACCAGCAAAUAUUACGAUUCCUGGCUCAAUUUUACAUACUUUUGAGAUCGUGAUCGAAGCUAGAAAUUUUAAUUUUGACGCAUUUGGUUUACAAGGAGGUUUAUGUAUAGUGGACGAAAUAACAUAUAGUGCGAUCGCUGUUCAUCACUGUAAAUUAGUUCCUCACAUCGAGCCACCGAUACCUAUGCCAAAGGAAACAUGUAGAACGAUCGUUUGUAGUUUUGACAAUGGCAAAUGCCUAGACUCAUUGCGAGGAUCCGGAUGGAAAUUAGCGAUGGGAGCAGUAGGAAAUCGUCAUACGGGAAUUCGAAAAUCUCUAAAGUCUAAUUAUGCUUACGCCAGAGGACCUGGCACAAAAACUAUCUCAUUUGAUGAAUUUGAUAUAACUCGCGAAGCUCAACUUGAAUUUUGUUAUUACAGGUAUUCCUUUAAUUAUUAUUUAUUACUGAGCAUAUAUCUGACCCGAAAAAGCGAAAAAAACCGUAAAAAGAUUUUUACAAGUCAACCAAUCGAUGCAUAUCCUCAUCACUGGAUAUGUGAAGGAAUUCGUAUUGAUGCAGGAAUUUAUGCUGAGAUUGAUUUUGUCGCUGAAAAACUCAAAAAUGAGAAUAAUUUCGUUGGAAUCGAUCAAAUUGGUUUAACCGAUCCGAAAACCGGCAUUUCGAUGUGUAAAAAAUGA